AUGUCAAAGAGACCAUCGGGUGCCGAAUGUAGAAAAUUCAAGAAACGAAGAGAAGAGGAAGACAGACAAAAUGCAAAUCGGAAGCUCAUGGACAAAUAUAUAUUACUUCAAAUUUCGACAAUUUUGUCAUCAGAAGAGGCUAUUCCAUUUUCAUCAUCGGAACCACUUCCAACAUCAACACCAUCAGAAGUGCUUCCAAUUUAUGAAAAGAACAUAGAAGAGCCAGAAGUUCCGAUUGACACACUAUCUACAAAUUAUAACGAUCCAACUUCGUGGCCUCCAAUGUCUGAUAAAAUUAAACAAAUACUUGUUGCUCAUGGUCCAGAUCAAGUGUUUGGUGAUUCUAAUCGUUCAAAGCAUUUAGCGAAUUCGGCGGAGGGAUUUAAUGACUGGAAACAUUUGAGUCCCACAUUACCAGAUCAUGAAAAUUCCAUUGCUCAUCGUGACAAUUAUGUUAAGUGGAAGCUUCUUGAAAAAAAUAUUGAAAAUAAUGUCCUUAUUAAUGAUUACGUAAUCAGUCAAUUUGAGGAAGACAAAAAGAAGUGGCGUGAAAUUUUAAAAGUCAUUAUUGACGCUAUUUUAUUUUGUGCUUCAAACAAUCUUGCGCUUAGAGGAUCAGUUGAACAAAUUGGAAAUCCUCAAGCAGAUAUAUUUUUAAAUUUAAUCGAAUUUGCCAGUCAUUAUAAUCCAACUUUGAAAGUCAGCAUUGAAAAUCAUAAAAAGGGUUCUGUAUCUUAUUUUUCUCCAAAAAUACAAAACGAGAGUCCCAUGAAAAAAACGGGAAAAGGUUUAGCAUCAGAAAUUCUCGACAGAUUACAAGAAGAUAACUUAAAUAUUAAUGAUGUUAGAGGGCAAGGAUACGACAAUGGGGCAAACAUGGCGGGAAAAUAUCAAGGAGUUCAAAGUCGAAUUUUAAAUCUAAAUAAAUAUGCCACGUGA